UAAAAAAAUUUCUAUUUUUUUCUUAAAAAAAUCCCAGAGAAAACCGAACGGGAUCCCAUGGCGAGCACGCAAAUCUAGACAACAAGAAGAAGCUGAAGAAUUACUCUGCUCCGUGAAGCCUCUCUCUCUCUCUCUCUGUGUGCGUUAAACCCUAAUAGUGUUCACCAAAUCAACGUGAGAUUAGAAUUCAUUUUUAUCUCUAAUUGAUCGGCUGGGAUUUGAGGCUCUGAACCGGCGAAUGAUAUGGUGGUCUGCAAAUGCCGAAAGGCUACCAAAUUGUAUUGUUUCGUGCACAAGGUCCCGGUUUGUGGAGAAUGUAUCUGUUUCCCGGAGCACCAAAUAUGCGUGGUCCGUACAUACUCAGAAUGGGUAAUAGAUGGAGAGUAUGAUUGGCCUCCUAAAUGCUCCCAGUGUCAAGCUGUGCUUGAGGAGGGGGCUGGUUCUCAAACUACUCGACUGGGUUGCUUGCAUGUUUUACACACAAAUUGCUUGGUUUCACAUAUCAAGAGUUUUCCUUCACAUACGGCACCCGCUGGAUAUGUGUGUCCUGCAUGUUCCACUUCGAUAUGGCCUCCCAAGACUGUGAAAGAUUCAGGAUCCCGCCUUCAUUCAUUGCUGAAGGAAGCUAUUGUGCAGACCGGUCUGGAGAAGAAUUUGUUUGGCAAUUAUCCAGUUUCAUUAGCAGCUACAGAACCUCGUGGUCCUCCUCCUGCAUUCGCCUCAGAUCCUCUAGUUACAGCAUCUUCUACUGGAGGCAGGGAGAACAAUGCAAGUUCAUUGCCCUCGGUAGAACGAGAUCAAAUAAACAUAAUUGAAGGAUACUCAGCUGCAACUGGCGUAGGGUCUUCCAAACUUCUUGUGACAGAUAUUGUGGAGAUAGAUGGUCCUAGCACGGCUGGGAAUUUCAUGAAGACCUCAAGCCCUCCUGGUGCUACAACACGAAAGGGUGUCUUCCAAGUUGAACGGCAAAACUCUGAAAUUUCAUAUUAUGCAGAUGAUGAAGAUGGGAAUCGUAAUAAGUAUGCUAAAAGGGGUCCAUUUCGACACAAGUUUUUAAGAGCUUUGCUUCCUUUAUGGUCAAGUGCAUUACCAACUUUACCAGUGACAGCACCCCCACGGAAGGAUGCAUCAAAUGCCAAUGAUGUCCCUGAAGGUCGUGUGCGACAUCAAAGAUCAUCAAGGAUGGAUCCCAGAAAAGUCCUGCUCAUUAUUGCAAUCAUGGCAUGCAUGGCAACUAUGGGUAUUUUGUAUUACAGACUAGUGCAACGGGGUCUUAGCAUGGAGUUGCUGCCUGAUGAGGAGCAGCAGUCAAUAUGAGUAAGGUUGUGAUGCAUUUCAGGUGAUUCUGCAUUUAUGGAGACCUGCUGGUUACUGGUGCUUCUGCUGCUUUGUGUUAUUGUUCUGGUCCUCUCUCUGGACAUGAUGCUGGUUUUCAGUGAAACAUGCAAGUGGUUUGUAGGGAAAUUUCAUUUCAGUGCCGAUGAUGGCGAUAAGUUGCAUAUACUUGCUUGGCCUUUUCUUUUUUCUUUCUCCUGUUCUUUUUAAAACCUUUACCUUGUUUUCUAGGUCUGUUUUGAAUUGACUUGAAAGUUAAAAGGAAAAUAUUUGUUCAAACUGGGUUGUUUUGUAAUUUUCUAUUUGGUAAUAAACAUGCAAGACCAAGGUUAUAUAUAUAGAGUAUAUCGA